ACCUUGAAACUCGUCGCCAUCGCCCCUUCCAUCACGCCCAUCAAAACAAUGGUGAUAAGAUAAUAGUGAAAGCCCGUAAUAAAAUAAAGGUUUUCUACUUUCUGUCAAGACUCAAGAGGGGUGGGGCUUUAUGGUUCCACUCCGGAGGUACUGUCUCACUGCGACGGACUCCCCAUCAGUCCACCACCAAAGCCGCCUGUGAACUCAAGAGAAACCCUCUUCUUCUUCUUCUUCUUCUUCUACUUCCUCUCUCUCUCUUUGCAGCAGCCGAAUACCUUACAGAGGAGGAGGUACAGAGGAGGUGAGGAGCAAGAUCUCUCUCUCUCUCUCUCUCUCUUUCUGUGGUUUGACUGGUAGAGGAUAGUGGGAGGAUGGGGGAUAAAGAUGUGGACGAUGGCCUAGAUGGUAUGCAGUGCAACAGCCAUCCUUUCACCAACAAGGGAGGGAUCUGCGCUUUUUGUCUUCAAGAGAAACUGGGCAAGCUCAUCUCCUCCUCAACUCUCAGCUUUGAUGCCAAGAUCAAUAACCACCGCCAUAUUCCCUCGGAACCGUCUCCCUCCCACCAGCAUCACUCCUCUUCCUCCUCCCCUUCCUUCACCAUCGAAGCCGGAACGGCAUCGGCCCUGGCUCCACCGCCGUUGCCGUCGAUGCCACGCCUCAAGCAACUCGCAUCCUCCUCCUCUGCCGCCUCCGCUGCUGUUUAUAGUAAGAAGCUGCCCGCGGCUGCCCCUUCUCGUCCGAGCCAUUACCAUCUUCAUCGCGAGCAAACCACCUUCGCCUCCUCGUUGGACAAGAAGGUGGGAGGCGCCGCUUCCUCUUCCACCACCGCGGCCGCUUCCUCCUCCUCCUCCUCCUCCACGGGCGCUAUCCUGACCUUGAACCGGAGCAGAUCUGUUGCUCCCAGGCGAGCCCUUGAUAGCUCAUCCUGUGAGGCGGAGAACAGCCCCAGGAGGAGGAGCUUCUGGUCCUUCCUCUCUUUCGCCAGGAAAAGAGGGAGGGAUCGAGGAAGCAGAAGACGGUGGGACGACAAAAGCGUGGGCUUCGAAGUGGAGGAAGAGGAGGACGUGGAAGGAGGCGCGGCCACUCGGAGAAAGGGUGCCGAUGAUGCGCUCUUUCAUCAACAGCAGAGCGAGAAGAAGGCAUGCGGCAUCGGCGGGUUUGAGAAGGAAAGUGAGAGCCCCAACAGCAGCGGCUCCGCGUCGUAUUUCGGACGGAAGGUAGCGAGGUCUAGAUCCGUCGGUUGCGGUAGCAGGAGCUUCUCGGGGGAUUUCUUGGAGAGGAUCUCCAAUGGCUUUGUGGACUGCACCCUGAGAAGAGUAGAAUCUCACAGAGAAGCCAAGGCCAAUAGUAAGAUCGUUUUGCACGGGACAUCGGCGGCAGCAGCGGCUGCGGCCGGUGGAAUCAAGGAGAGCGUCAAAUGUGGUGGUCUCUUUGGUGGAUUUGGCAUUUACUCUGCUUCCUCCUCCUCCUAUUGGCUUUCCGAAGAUCUCAGAGAUCGGAAUAGCGGUAGGCUUUCUUCUGGAUCGGGCGCACCUCAUGGCAGGACUAACAAGGGCUGGGGUUGGGCGUUUGCAAGCCCCAUGAGAGCUUUCCGGCCGUCGAGACACCCUGCCACAGAAAAGGACGGAGAAGAAGGCCGCGCCAACAAUGAUCCCCGCAGCAAUGGCAGCGGCAGCAGCAACAAUGACAACAGCAGGGCUCCCGUGCCUUCGAUCGUCACCGAGUCUGUUCCCCCUCCGGUGGUUCUUGUAGGAGGCUAUUGAUUUUCAUCUCCACCGUGAGCAGGUCUGGCUGAUCUCCUUCGAUUUCGAAUUCUUAAAGUUGGUGGUUUAAGUUAGACGUUCCGUUCGAUUGCCUCUGUUCUUUUUCUUUUUCUUACUUUUGAGCUUUUUUCUUACCUUUUCGUUUCCCCUGAACUAGAUUUCAUUCUUUUUGCUGUAACUAUCAUCUACCGUGAACCUAUAUGAUUGAUUCAUCAAGAAGGGGGCCUUUUUGUGUUUUGACCAUGCCCA